AGAAGGUGGCCGAGACCCGGGAGCUCUUUUGGAGCCCACCCCAUGCCUUUGGGGGAACUUCCAGAGGUCGCCGGAUUCGCCCAGGACAAAGAAAACACGCUCCUGCUCCCGCUUCCUCUCCUCAACUCUCAUUCAUCUGAGCUCAGAAAUUUGUUGACCUACAGAAUGCUUCGAUACCCAUAUUUUUGUAGGAUCUAUAAAGAAUUUCUUUCAUGCUGGUUGGAAUCUGGCAUAUUUAAUUUAGGUGUCUGGCCAAAAAAAAUACAUGAUACAACACAAAGAUAUAAUGAAUAUGAAGCCCAGAUGCAAACAGAUCAAACUGGAACUCAGGAGAUACACAGAUCUCAAGAUAGAGAUUUUGAAGCCAUGACUAAAUUACAUAUUCCGGUAAUGGUGGAUGAAGUUGUUCGUUGUUUGGCACCACAAAAAGGCCAGACUUUUCUAGAUAUGACAUUUGGUUCAGGAGGACAUACAAGAGCCAUUCUACAGAAGGAGUCAGAUAUUACUCUGUAUGCCUUAGACAGAGACCCAACAGCUUAUGCAAUAGCCGAACAGCUUUCAGAAUUGUAUCCUAAACAGAUCCGAGCUAUGCUAGGCCAGUUCAGCCAGGCAGAAGCCUUAUUAAUGAAAGCUGGAGUGCAGCCAGGGACUUUGGAUGGAGUUCUUUUGGAUCUUGGGUGUUCCUCCAUGCAACUUGAUGCUCCUGAAAGAGGUUUUUCCCUCCGGAAGGACGGCCCCUUGGACAUGAGAAUGGAUGGUGGCAGGUACCCUGACAUGCCCACCGCAGCUGAUGUUGUGAACGCUUUAGAUCAACAGGCACUUGCAUCCAUCCUGAGAACAUACGGGGAGGAGAAGCAUGCCAAGAAAAUCGCUUCAGCAAUCGUUCAGGCACGCAGCCUUUACCCCAUCUCCAGAACCCAGCAGCUUGCCAGCAUCGUUGCAGGUGCAUUUCCUCCAUCUGCUGUUUUUGCACGGAAAGACUUGCUACAACGAUCUACCCAUAUUGCUACCAAGACUUUCCAAGCUUUUCGAAUAUUUGUGAACAAUGAACUCAAUGAACUUUACACAGGAUUGAAGACAGCUCAGAAGUUUCUGAGACCUGGUGGCCGCCUUGUUGCCCUCUCCUUCCAUUCAUUAGAGGAUCGCAUUGUCAAACGAUUCCUGCUUGGGAUAAGCAUGACAGAAAGGUUUAACCUAAGUGCUAGACAGAAAGUGAAACAAGGAUUGCAGUUGGGUUCAGGUCAUGAAAACAAAGAAGGAGCCUCUAUAGGCAGGGCCCCUUUAAUGUGGGAAUUGAUACACAAGAAAGUACUUACUCCAGAAGAUCAGGAUGUACAGGAUAACCCCAGAGCACGCUCAGCCAAGCUUAGAGCAGCCAUCAAAUUAUGAGAAAGAAAGUUUUCAUCAUUUGAUCCUUCAGGUUUUCCCUUCACAGUUUCUCUUUUUUUUUCAUGUAUAUUACUGAUCAGCUUAAUAUAAGAAAGUAUGAGAUAUAUAUAUAUCUGUCUAAAGAGAUGUACUAUAUAUGUGUGGAAAUUAAGGGUAUUUACCAUUUGUUUCCUCAGAAAGAAAAUGUCAGAAAUAUUAGCAUGACACAGAAAAUUCAAGGAGCAGCAGCAUCUCAAAACUGGAAAAAUGUGUUUAUCUGAGCAUUAUAUUUAACUUUUGAAAUGCAGUCCUUUCUCUAAUCAGGAAAUCUUUUAGAAAGAAGAGUACUAUGUGUAUUUAUCUAAAUAUGUAAGCUCAAGCUGUCAAAAGAGAGAGAUUAUAAUUGUAUCUGCAUGCUCUAAAUUCUGAAUUUAGAUAUUCAGAUUUGCAACAGACUUUCUGUGGAUCAAAUAAUUAAUGAUCAUGGAAGAAAUUUUAAUUUCUAUUUGGGAAUAAUUUAGUAGUACUAUAUAGUCUUCUUAAAUAUAGGUAUUAUGCAAAUUUAAAAUUUUCAAGUGUUAUUUUUAAAAUGCAUCAUACUGUUAAAUGUCACUUUUGAAAUUAUAGUGUUGUUUCAAAGGGUUUUUACAAUAUGAUAUAUGCCAUUUUAUCACAUUGCAAGGCAAAAAUGCAGAAUU